UGCAAGGCAAAACAUUUUCCAUACAUGGACGUGGAUUCUUCAACUUGAAACUUGAAACCUCUCGAAGGUCUAUGUUGACACAAUAAGUCCAGUGGUAUAGAUCUACUAUGAAUAGAAUCAUAUCAUGGUUUUCAGGGAAUGAACAGCGUAGCCUAGAUGGAGCUAAAAAUGACAGUGACGAUGACUUUGAGUAUUAUAGUGCCACUGAUCAUUCUAAUGACUCGGAAUCUACUGGCUCCUCAGUUCAUGUAACAGAAUGGAGUUUAGAUUCUCAAAAUUCACAAUUAAUGCUAUCUAUUCGAAGGAGGGAUUCAGAAGGAGUUUUAGAAGCUAUGGAUGAGAGUAACAAAUGGAUUCUACAACAAAAAAUUUGGUACCUAGACAAAAAGGAAAAUCUUCUCGAAGAGAAUGGCUUGAGUCUUGUUGAAGAUGAGGAGAGAGUUUUUUUGGAACAAUGCAUUGAAACAUAUUUGAGCAGUGGUCCUGAUAAUGUCACUGAAAUAUCUUCUGAAACUGCUAUUGAAACUGAAACAAGCAACUUUAAAAUUAAUCCAAAGUUGUUUGAAAUAUCUAUUAAUUCGAAUGUACCGGACGUAGAAUAUCAAACAGCUGAAACAAAUGUCUCUAGGUCAUUGGAUGAUCAAAUUGUGAUGAUUUUUCUAACACCCCCUCCGUUAAGUUCUUCAAGUAUUUUCGCCUGCUGUUAGAGAAUAAAUUCAGUCAUUUUUCAGAAGAACAAAUAUUUGGAACUCCUGGUGAUACUUCAGACAUUGUGAAUUCCAUUAUCCUCAACGAAUUUGAGAGCCUUAAGGAAUGCGAUACGCUUGAACAAUUUCAAGAUAUUUUGUCUUGUUGGACAGUGUCCAGCACUGUGACUGAGGAAAUCGAAGGUCAAUUAAAAAGUUCAUUUUCUGACCUCUUUGACAAAACGUGUAAGGAUUUAGAGGCUCGACAGCAGAUUCGUAAAUCAAUACUAGAUGAGCUGGAAACAUUUUGUUUUUGCCUUAUUGACACUCGUGCCAAAACUAUGCAUCUUUUUGAACAGUUUGAAUGCAAAUUGUACCAGCGAAUAAUUUCAUUUGAAUUUCUAAGUACUGAUUGCUGUUCAUUCAAGUGUGCACUGAAUAUGCUCUUCAAAGAACUCGAAGAAGGUGUCUCUGUUGAAUGCUGUGAGAAAAUUAGCAUUAUUCAAAAGCUGCAAGAUCGUCACAGUAGCUGCAGCCUAGAGUGCAAUAAAGAAGCUGAAGAAAAUCGAUUAGAUGUAUACCAAGAAGAAGUGAAACUCUACCAGAAACUACUCGAAGUUAUCAGCACACAAACACAAGUGCAGGUAGAUACCACUGUACUUGAACAGAUUUUAAAGUCAAAAGAAAAUCAUUUUUCGUAUUUGCAUGAAAACCUGACUCGUCUUGUUAAGCUGCUGUUGCAAAUAGUUCUACCAUACAGUAUCUUUUCACAAAGCAGAGAUGGGUCAACUGUCUACACAAUAAAAAUGGUGGCUGGGUUAUCAAGCAGUGCUCUUUCUGCUUUUGAUGAAUGGAUUUCUCGAAACAAACCAACGAAAACACUCCAAAGUGGGGAUGAAAUCAGGCUAUGUGCUGACGCUGUACUCUACGCUGAUAGUGAUGUCUACCAUCAUGGUGUGUCAGUUGUUUGUAUUGCCCUAAAACUCAUUUGCAAAAAGGUAUCUCAAACAACUUCUGAGGUACUUAAUAAAACUGCAAGCAGUGUUUACUUAGAAGGUACGAGACAAUGUAUUACCAUCAACACAGAAGGAAAGUGUAUUGAAUUCAGUGAUCGCCCUAUUAAAGCUAGACCAGGUGAAGAUGGCACUGAGACAGCUAAAGACGGUAAACCUGGAGUAGAUGGUGAAAAUGGUCAAUACGGAAAUGCAGGAGGGCAUGUUCUAUUAGUUGCAUCCAAUAUAUGUAUCAGUGACUUCAAUUUGUUGGCAAGUGGUAGCCCAGGGGGAGAUGGUCAAAAUGGCGGUGACGGUGGGGCCGGUUGGACACCUACUGUCAAAGGUAUUGAUGGAAAUAAUGCCCCUGAAUUUGAAGCAGGGCGGCUUCAAACUAAUAGUUCUGUUGUAAUCAGCUUUGGAACUCGUGGUGUUGACAGCGGUCAUGGUGGGGAUGCUGGCAUGGGUGGAGCUGCUGGAAAGAGUGGUGUCAGUGGCAAAAUUGAAAUUCUCGAUAUUGAUAAUGAAUGGAACUGUCACGUAACUCAAAAUCAAGUUAAAGAUAGCAAACCUGGCCAGCCAGGGGAUCCAGGUAAAGGAGGAAAACACACCAGACAUGGUAUGGAUUAUGGGCGGUAUGGGAAAUCUUUAUUAUUCUGGGCUAGGGUAGUAACACUUGUUACAAGUACACGUCCAACAGAUAGUAUUGACAAUUAUAGUGGAGAACUCUGCCAUGAUGAAAUCCUCUAUGAUAGAUCCAUCCCUCAUCCCAAUGUGGAGCAAUAUGAAAAACCUGCUAGGGAUAAAAUACCAAUGCAAGUGAAAAAAAACGAUCACCCUGACUUUGUUAAUAGGGGAUGUAAUAGGGAUGGAGAAACUGCCAAAAUCAAAGUAAAUAAUUCCCUUGCUAAUGAAAAUAAAGCUGUUGACAAACAGGCUUGCUUUUAUGCAUUCCAUGAGCAGUGUCGUCAAUCUUUACAACAUUGGAAUUGCAAAUCACACAACCGUUUCUUAGGAGCUUUUGCUCGAAAAGUAGGCGAAAUUCACGACACAGAAUUUAUGUCCAUAACUCGUAGUGAAGCAAACAGAUCUAAAUGUGUGAUAUGGAUGUCUCAGUUUCACAAAUUGUCUGAAAAUAUGAAGGUAUCGGUAACGUGUGAAGCUAAGCAAAGCACAAAAGUACAAAUAAGCCUGAUGAAAGAUUACACAAAUGAAGUCACAUACAGCACGUAUCCAUCAGCUGAUAAUUAUCUAGGCAGUGAAAGUAUAGAAACGGAAUCACUAUCAGUCAACGUGUCAUCACUCAAACAGAGAGCUGAGCACAAAAAUAUCCAUCUUGAAAACUACUUACUUGAGUCCCUGCUAACUGAUGACUGUUUUGAUGAUGAAAUUGAGAAAUUACAAGCUACCCUGAAUUUGUCUGAGGAGAUUAUCUAUUUUGUUAGAUGUGAUACGACUGCAGAUACUGUUAAUACUCGAUUUCUUAUUACACAAAACCUUCAAACCAACACUUGGAUCUUUUGUCACCCUAGUGGUACCCAUAAAAUGACAGUAAAUUCAUCACUGGAGGUUCUAACUAUGGAAAAAAAUCAACUUACUCCACUGAAUAGAGAUACCAUGAUCUCCUAUGAGGAGAUUGUUAACUGGAUUUGUGGAAAUAUCGAUGAAGACAUUGAACUUCCUGCCACUACUGAGCAGUUGCUUUGCCUCAAGCAACUCAAACUUAUUAUUCUCAUUCGGAAAUCAUAUAAAAAUGUUUGCGAUAAUUGUAGUACUGAAGAAAUAGAUCUCGUUCAGAAGAUGUAUGCUGUGUGCUUAGACACUCUCGUAGGCAGCAAAUCUCUUUCUGCACUACUCCGCAUGCAGGAUUUCCUUAACAGUGAAGGAUUACUGCUUACAGUGUUCGAUUUAAAUUGGAUUAAAAGCAUGCUCCCAUUAACAUAUGAAGAUGAAACUGCAAUUAACGCUUUCUUUGAUGCUGUCGGCAACUACAAUAGAGAGCAACAUCUUGAUUUACUAUUGCAUGUCAUGGUCACUUUUCAAGACUGUCAUAUAGAAAUGCUGAAGACACCUGACUAUCUUGACUACUUAGCCAAACAUGAGUUUAAGUUGUUCUUACAGUCAUUUGAAGAGAGUUUAAUUCAUGCCUUCCACUUUUUAUGUGGAAAGUUUAAUCUGGUAACCAGAUUCCAACAUAUUAUCGUAAUUUCCACAACAAAAAGUGAGACCAUCCUUCAGAAGUUUGCCAUAAAGGGCAGAACCAAAAACCAAACUCAUGGCCACCUUAAGGCUUACAUCGAAACGAUGUUGCAUAAAAAACAAAGUAUGACCUAUACUACAGCUGUAGAACAUAUGCUUAGCAGCAUCAUCGAGACAGUAGCAAAAUUGCUGGGCAUUGUGUUGACAACCCAGGAACAAUCGUUAGCCACAGAGAAAAUCAACCUUUCUUUCCCAGAAGCCUACACUGCUUUUUGUGCUUUUCCAAGUCUCAAAGCAGUGCUACCUGCUUUGAUUGCAAUUUCAGGAAAACUUUCAGGUGAUUUUGCAAAGAACUUUCAAGAAAUGUUAUCCUUUACUUAUAGCGAGGUUAGUGAUGUUUUGGGGGAGUUUCAUGAGCUUAUGUACGUGGAUGAUUUUAAAUCCUUGAUGAGUAAGAUUGGACUUGAAACUGUUGACUUCAUUAAAGCUCUUCGUCAGCCUUCAAUUAACAUUGCCAAACCACAAAUGGAAGCCCUUAUUCAUAUAUUGAACUAUAUAUUAAAAAUCACAUUGAAGCCAAAUCCUUAUCGUUCCAGUGCCCAAGACCCAUCGAAGCUUUUAAUAUCUGUUACAAAAUUUCUUGAAGGGAUGUACUCGUACUACAAUAGUAUCUUUCACAUCUUAUCCAAUGAUGAAGACCGUCAAAGUAAAAUUGAAUCCAGAAAUCAGUUCAUAAAAAGUCAUAUAAGCAAAAUAGCAGAAUUUCAUGAAACUUUUCUGGCUUAUCCGAUGUCAUGUCCUCUUAUGGCAUUAAUAAAAUGGAAGGAGUUUAUAGACUUUAAACUUCUUGAAAAGUUAGAGCUAAAGCUGAAACUAUUCAAAAAUACGUCAGAAAACGAUGUUCUUGAGAACCUCAGUGAGCUAAAAAUUGAAUUACGAAAAUUCAACAACUUUUUAGUUUUAGUAAUAGACUCCCGAAAUAAUUUUGAAGUGUUUAAGUCCUGCAAAGAUUUGCAAAUGUAUUCACUUUUGUACAAAGCUGACACUGAUAAACUGCCGGUAGUAUUGACUACAGACAUAAUGGGGCUGAAAAAGCUGAAUGGUGAAUGUAUGCAAACUAUUGUGACACAUUUUGGACAAUGUUUUCUUUCUAGCUCACAAUUUCAGCUUAGUGUCGAGAUGGAACGCCUUGAACCAAAUUAUGAGUUUUUGAUUUCGUCUGAAGAGCCUUUAGCCAACAUCAAACCAUAUACUUUGAUUUUAGUCAUUAAUGGAGCGAAAUGGAAGCUGUAUUAUUCAUCUGAUUGUUCAAGCUGCCACUGGCGAGAUGUUGAACUAUCAGAAAUUGAACAAAUCAAAGAGGUGUUGGACUCUAAACUUGACCCUUUUGUUAUGAAAAAUGGACAAUUUUCUCUGACUAAAGAACAAAAAGCUUAUCUUGUAUCUAUGUUCAAGUUUGAUUCCGAGUAUAGUGUAUCGUAUAGAGUUCAUUUUGGUAGCCAGUUGCUUCUCUCUAAAACACAAGCGUGUUCGUUGAGUAUGUUAUCGAUUGAUAUUAAAACAUGUGCAGUAAAGAUUUCAGAUGUCACUGUUCUCGAGGAUGAUGACUCCUUUGGGCAAAGUAUUCUUGUUGUGCUCUGCAAUUCUACAUCAAGUGAAGCUUUAAAACAUUUGAGACGUGCCACAUAUCUUGAAAUUUCCGAAGAUCAGUUUACCAAUGAAAUAGAAGGAACUGCGGGAGUGUUUGUUGUUAAGUAUCCUGAUCAACCAGCCAUAGUUAAAACUGUGACCAAAUGUGGUGAAAAAGAAGUGUUGAAACAUCAUUACUCAGUUUCAUUAUAUAGAGAUGAUUUAUCAUUGCGGUCACUGCUAUCUUAUUCUUCUGAUGAAUGCACUUACCGAUUGUUACUGAAUGACAGUUCUGAGAGAAAUGAUGAUGUCACUCUUUUAUACGUUCUUCAGCCAAUUUCAGAACUCUUAAAUUUUUAUCAGGAACUGUAUGACACUUUUCUUCCCACUCAAAUUCUCAAUAACAGCUUGAAAUCUGCUGUACAGCUUUGUCCGACAGUAUGUUGUCGUCAAAAUAUUAUCAAUUUUGUACAACAUGUGCGACGAGGCUUUGUACAAGAGUGUGUGAAUCUACUCAUAGAUGGUUCAGAUCACAAAAAUGUUCGGACUAUGCAUGAAGCAAUGAAAGCAUGCUUUUCCCACACUGUAGUUCAGUGUUAAUCGAAA